AUGGCGAUGUUCGAUGCCCUUGAAGCAGACAUAGUGAUCUUCCAAGAAACGAAAAUUCAAAGGAAAGAUUUGCAAGAUGACAUGGUCCUUGUUAAUGGCUGGGACUGUUUUUUCAGCCUACCCAAGUAUAAAAAGGGUCCGAACUCUAUAUGCUGUCCCAUACGCGCGGAAGAAGGGAUUACGGGCAUUCUGUGCUUGCCAACAUCUGGGUCUAAUUUAUCGUCACCAACUUCGUUCCGCGACUUGCCAGAAGAAGCACAGAUCGGCGGCUACCCUACUGCUGAACAGCUGGCUCUUUCAGAUGUAGAUGCUGCCACGCUUGAUUCUGAGGGACGCUGUAUGAUCCUGGAGUUCCCAGCAUUUGUCUUGAUUGGUGUCUACUGUCCGGCGAACAGGGAUGAGACAAGAGACGGGUUUCGGACAGGGUUUGUGAAUGUGCUUGAUGCAAGAGUACGGAAUCUAGCCACUAUGGGGAAACGCGUCAUCGUGAUGGGAGACUUAAACAUCAGCGGCUCUCAAAUCGAUUCGGCCCGUGCUCUCGAAGGGAUAAGGAAAGGUACCCUGACAGAUUCGGAGUUUGUAUCUUCGCCCGGCUCCGAUCACUGUCCCGUUUUUGCCGAAUUGAAGGAUAAGGUGUCAUUGGACGGGAUAGAAGUCAACAUGCUCGACAUUCUCAACCCGAAGGGCACUUUCGAAAAUGGACAGCGGAAGCGGGAAUACUCCCUCGCAGAUACUCUUCCACUUUCGGGUAGAUUAAUUCCUGAAUUUUGUCAGCGAAGAAGCAUUAAAGAUAUGUUAUUUCAACAGAGGUCACAAAAUGGUUCGCAGGGUAGUGGAAACGCUGCUAGCGGUGUAGCUAUCCCCAUUUCUGCCCAUAAAGCCUCCUCCGACAUCAACCUUUCUGCAAUAGGGAGGUCGAAUAUACCUUCCCCGUCUUCUACUCCGAUAGCAACAUCAGCAGAGCCAAACACUCCGAAGCGGCCUCAGAAAGAGGAUGAUGGGACAACCUCACGACCCAAACGUUUGAAACGGAGUGAGUCGUCGGCAACUACUACGAAGGCGAAGGGGCAAAAAACCUUGAAAGGUUUUUUUGGCCCGAAAACAACUCCUUGUACUACAGUUGCUUCUGCAGAUGAUGAAAAUGACCACUCUAAGUCGUCGGCUACGACAGAAGGUGGCAGUCCACAAAAGGGAACCGCAAUAAAACCUCCAUGUUCAUCAGGAGGUUGCUGUGACUCUCAAGAAAAUGGAUGUCAACAAUCACAGACGGCUGGCCCACCGGCAUACGACAAAGAUAAUGAUAAUUCCGGUAGAGUGCAUGAUCCAAUUGCCAACAAGGAAUCAUGGUCAAAGCUCUUCACGAAAAAGCCUCCACCGAAAUGUGAUGGCCACGAUGAACCUUGCAUCAGCCUUGUGACAAAAAAAGCGGGAAUCAACCGCGGCCGAUCCUUUUGGAUAUGUUCGCGGCCUUUGGGACCUACGGGUAUUAAGAAAACAGGGGAUCAGUGGCGGUGCGAUACCUUUAUAUGGUCGAGUGAUUGGAAUGGAAGUGGUGAGAUGCAUGUACAAGGCCUAUCCUCGUUCAGCACCACAUGGGGAUCAUCUCAUUCUUUCCCCCUUGUGCGAGCUGGUGAAAUCAAUGUGCCAGGAAUGCACGUUUUUGCCAAGGAGUGGGGUCCACUUCGAUUGGACUACAAUGGCCAGGGUUUGGUCAGUGGUGGGUGGCGGUCGUGGCAACGAUCGUUGCGGGCCCGGAUUGAUGUUGGCAAUGGAUUUAAGGUGCGUAAGGAGCCGACUCUUCAGCCUGCGCUCACCUUAGGCCAUGUGUUGGAUACUUCGUCAAACAACUGA